CCUGCCGCCGCAGCGUCGGGGCGCUGGGCGCGCGGGCAGCCGCGGACCGAGCAGACCCGAGCGGGCGGUCAGGCACUUGCCCGCCUGCUGCCGCUGCCGCCGCCGCCGCCACCGCCCCGAAGCUCAGGACCCGGCACCUCCGGCUCCCGCCCUCGCCGCCCAUGCGGCCCGGGCACUUUUAGCCGGGCAGGAGGGCCGGAGAGCCGGACUGCCGAGAGCAGCGCGCGAGCCGCGCCGAGAGCCGCGCAGACCCGCCGCGAGCAGCGACGGACGCCCGCCCGCCGCCACCGCCGCCGCCGCCCGGCCGUUAUGGAUCUAUUCGACUUUUUCAGGGACUGGGACCUGGAACAGCAGUGUCACUAUGAACAAGACCGUAGUGCACUUAAGAAAAGGGAAUGGGAGCGGAGGAAUCAAGAAGUCCAGCAAGAAGACGAUCUCUUUUCUUCAGGCUUUGAUCUUUUUGGGGAGCCCUACAAGGUAGCUGAAUAUACAAACAAAGGUGAUGCACUUGCGAACCGAGUCCAGAACACGCUGGGAAAUUAUGAUGAAAUGAAGGAUUUGCUAACUAACCAUUCUAAUCAGAAUCAUCUAGUGGGAAUCCCAAAGAAUUCCAUGCCCCAGACUCCCACCAACAAAAAUGAACCCAGCUUUUUUCCAGAACAAAAGCACCGAAUGGUCCCAGUGCACCAGCAGGAUAACACUCACUCCUCGGUGCCAAUGCCUCCACCUUCUGUCGUGAUACUGAAUUCAACUCUAAUACACAGCAACCGGAAGUCAAAACCUGACUGGUCACGAGAUAGUCAGAACACUAGCAUUGUAGCAGCCAGCCAAGUCACUAGUCAGCCCAACAAGAUGCAGCUGCCAACCCCAGACCAGCCCCCAGCCAGAUUGGAAGACUUCUUUGUCUACCCAGCUGAACAGCCUCAAGUUGGAGCAGUUGAAGAAUCAAACCCACUGGCAAAGGAAGACAAUACUCUCAAGUCCAGUGGAGGGGAUACUUUCAAAGAAAUCUAUCAGUCCAACUCACCAGAAGCUGCGGAAUUUACAGUGCAAGCGCCUGGAUCUCCCCUAGUUGCCUCGUCUCUAUUAGCUCCCAGCAGUGGCCUUUCGGUUCAAAACUUCCCACCAGGGCUUUACUGCAAAACAAGCAUGGGGCAGCAAAAACCAACCGCCUAUGUCCGACCCAUGGAUGGUCAGGACCAGGCCCCGGACAUCUCUCCCACACUGAAACCUUCGAUUGAAUUUGACAACAGCUUUGGGAAUCUGUCGUUUGGAUCACUCUUGGAUGGCAAACCCAGUGCACCCAGUUCAAAGACUAAACAGCCAAAGUUCACGAUUCUUCAAACAAGUGAAAGUCCCGUUGAAGCUGAUGCUUCUCCUUUCCCAGGACACCUCACCCCCUGUGCCCAGAUGCAAAAGCCAGAGUCGGGAGCACUUGAACAGCCAUUAGUAAGCCUUCCCAGUGACCCAAGCUGUGUUGAAGAAAUCUUGCGGGAGAUGACCCAUCCCUGGCCUACUCCUCUCACUGCCAUGCAUACUCCCGGAAAUUCUGAGCAGAGCACACUUUCCAUCCCAGGACAGGAAUCCCAACAUCUGACUCCAGGAUUUGCCUUACAAAAGUGGAGUGACCCGACCAGCAGAGCUUCUACAAAGAUGCUUGAAGAUGACUUGAAGCUGAGCAGUGAUGAAGAUGACCUUGAGCCCAUGAAGACCUUGACCACUCAGUGCACUGCCACUGAGCUCUACCAGGCUGUUGAAAAGGCAAAACCUAAGAAUAAUCCUGUGAACCCACUGUUGGCCACGCCCCAACCCCCACCUGCAGCGCCCACCAGUGGGGGAUCCGGCAGCUCCAGUGACUCAGAGAGCAGCUCAGAGUCUGACUCAGACACUGAAAGCAGCACCACUGACAGCGAAGCCAAUGAGGCGCCACGAGUGACCACUCCAGAGCCUGAGCCGCCCUCCACCAACAAGUGGCAGUUGGACAAAUGGCUUAACAAAGUGACUUCUCAAAACAAAUCUUUUAUUUGUGGCCAAAAUGAAACACCCAUGGAGACGAUUUCUGUGCCUCCUCCAGUCAUUCAGCCAAUGGAAGUCCAGGUCAAGGUGAAGGCAAACCCCAGCCAGGUCCUGCCUGAACCCAAAGAGAGGCCUCUCCUUGGUCUUAUCAGGGAGAAAGCCCGUCCACGACCCACCCUGAAAACUCCAGAAACAAAGGCUCUGAAGCAUAAGUUGUCCACAACUCUUGAGACAGCGUCUCAAAGGACAAUUGGGAAAAAACAGCCCAAAAGGGUCGAGAAGAACACCAGCGUUGAGGAAUUUACCUGGCCCAAACCAAAUAUCACCAGCAGCACUCCCAAAGAAAAGGAAAGCGGGGAGCUUCCUGACCUCCCGAGAGGGCGUAGCAAAGCUGUUGCCCACAAGCCGGUUCCCAGGAAAGAACCGAGGCCCAGCAUCCCCUUGGCUCCCGAGAAGAAAAAGUACCGAGGGCCUGGCAAGACGGUUCCAAAGUCCCGGGAAUUCAUUGAGACCGAUUCGUCUACAUCUGAUUCCAACACGGAUCAGGAAGAGCCCCUGCAGAUCAAAGUCCUGCCUCCAUGCAUGGCUCCAGGGGGCAACACGACCAAAUCCAAGGAAGCCGGAGGGGCCAGCCUGACCCUCAGUAGCUUUCUCAGCAGUGGCAAUGGCAACAACCCACCAGUCCCGAGUGAAGAACCUACUCAGUCACCGGUCCCUGUCACACAAACCGAGGUUCUAUCUCCAGUCCGAGAUCAGGAGAAUCUGAAAAAUCUCUGGGUGAAGAUUGACCUUGACCUACUGUCUCGAGUGCCUGGCCAGAACUCACUCCAGGCAACGUCAGCCAAGCUAGACCACAAGGAGACAGCCUCAAAGCCCAAGCGGCAGACGGCUGCUGUGCCUGCAGAGAAAGCCGCCCCCAAGGGCAAGCGUAAGCACAAGCCAACAGAAGUUUCAGGGAAAAUCCCUGAGAAGAAGCAGCGCCUGGAGGAGGCAGCCACCAUCUGCCUGCUGCCACCUUGCAUCUCGCCAGCUCCCCCCCAGAAGCCUCCCAGCACUAAAGAAAAUAAUUCAUCCAGGAGAGCAAAUAGAAGAAAAGAAGAAAAGCUGUUUCCUCCUCCACUUUCCCCACUGCCAGAGGACCCUCCACGUCGCAGGAACAUCAGCGGCAAUAAUGGUCCCUUCAGUCGAGACAAAACCAUUCCUUUGAUUGGACAGAUCACCUCGACCAAACCUAAGAGGAAUGAAGGCAAAUUCUGUGCUACUUUCAAAGGGAUAGCUGUAAACGAGGGAGACACUCCAAAAAAGGCAGCCCCUGGCACUGUCACCAACACUGCUAUCGCCUCUGCCACUGCCACUGCCAUUGUCACCAGCACUGCCACGGCCACUGCCACGGCCACUACCACAACCACUACCACAACCAUUUCCACCAUCACCUCCGCCAUCACUACUGGCCUCAUGGAUAGCAGUCACCUGGAGAUGACAUCGUGGGCGGCCCUGCCCCUUCUGUCCACCAGCACCACCAAUGUCCGGAGACCCAAGCUCACUUUUGAUGACUCGGUUCACAAUGCUGAUUAUUACAUGCAAGAGGCUAAGAAGCUGAAGCACAAAGCUGAUGCACUGUUCGAGAAAUUUGGCAAAGCCGUGAAUUACGCGGACGCAGCCCUGUCCUUCACUGAAUGUGGCAACGCAAUGGAGAGAGACCCUCUGGAAGCCAAGUCUCCAUACACCAUGUACUCCGAGACUGUGGAACUCCUCAGGUAUGCCAUGAGGCUGAAGAAUUUCGCAAGCCCCCUGGCUUCAGAUGGGGACAAAAAGCUGGCCGUACUAUGCUACAGAUGCCUGUCACUUCUCUACCUGAGGAUGUUCAAACUGAAGAAGGACCAUGCCAUGAAGUACUCCAGAUCACUGAUGGAAUAUUUUAAGCAAAAUGCUUCAAAAGUCGCUCAGAUACCAUCUCCAUGGGUAGGCAAUGGAAAGAAUACUCCAUCCCCAGUGUCUCUCAACAACGUCUCUCCCAUCAACACAAUGGGGAACUGUAACAACGGCCCAGUCACCAUCCCACAGCGCAUUCACCACAUGGCCGCCAGCCACGUCAACAUCACGAGCAACGUGUUACGGGGCUAUGAACACUGGGACAUGGCUGACAAACUGACAAGAGAGAACAAAGAAUUCUUUGGCGAUCUGGACACGUUGAUGGGGCCCCUGACGCAGCACAGCAGCAUGACCAAUCUCGUCCGCUACGUUCGCCAGGGACUGUGCUGGCUGCGCAUCGAUGCCCACUUGUUGUAGUGGCUGCGCCCCCAUCUCCAGCCUCGCCACCCACCAUGCUACCUCUACCAGAGCGCCGAUGGGCACUGGUGGAACUCCACUCAUUUGGGAAAGUUCUCUUUGAUUAUGUUUGUUUUGAUGCUUCUUUUGAUAUCUGUGAAAAACAGAAGUCAUUGUAAGUGGACACUACACCUUCAGAGCAGUGUAUCUUUUAUCACUUAGUCAUUUUUCUGUAUUUUCUAUGCAUUUCACAGAUCCCACCAUCAUUUUGUGCUUGAUGGAAUGACAGUCCCUACAGUAUUUUUUUAGGCCCACACUACCCAAAAGAAAGAAUGGAAAGCAAUUGUGAGAACAGGUUCCUGAGAAGUGAAACAAAAUGUCAUAUAUAUAUAUAUAUAUAUAUACAUAUAUGUGUGUGUGUGUGUGUGUGUGUGUAUAUAUAUAUAUGUCAUAUGUCAUGUAUAUGUCUAUGUAUGAACGCAGACACAGAGGACCUGCAAAGAUUCAAAUUUUCAGCAGUAGCCAUUCCCCAAACUGUGCUGUUCUGUCUAGAUAAGAACGUAUUUCAGUAUCCGUUGUUAAACUUUUGUGAUUCCCACAGACUCACUUUUCAGAUGAGAAUUUUCAUUGUUGAAACCCACUGGUUAGAUAUUUUAGCAACAUCAGAAAGUUAAGAGUGUUAAGAAAAUUCAUGAGCACAGCAAUGCCACUCUGGAACGGUACUCUGGCAUGCAGCCAGAGGACUUUUUAGUUAGUAUCCCUUUCCUGACUCUCUAUUUGAAAAAUGUCAAGGAUGUGAAGGAGUGGCAACAUUUAUAUCAACAACUUUAAGGCAUCAGCUGGCAUAAGUCGUUUUGAACUCCAUGAUUUGAAAUGUAAAUCCUCACCCGUGAUUCUCUUUGUGUAAACCUCUCCUUUGAAGGGCAGUUCAGUGGUGCAUGCCCUAGUAGCCUAGAUGCUACAACCCAGUUUAGAGAUGGGAGAUGAGAGGGCUCUGGCAACUGUCCAGGGAAUGCACACCUCUGCCUUUUUUGCAGUUGAUUGGUGGGUCCAUAACUGGCAGGACUUUUUUUUUUUUUUAACUGUGUUUUGCUCAAAUCUCUGGAAACCAAAGUCAAGUUCUCACUACUAGAAGUAGUCAUAUACAGUUUGCUUCCUAAUGGCUUUAAAAUAUGGACUUCCCCAAUUAUUAUCACAUUUGCUAUUUUACAGAAUUUCUUUUUGACUUCUUUCUGUUUUCUUCUACCUUUCUCUUCCUUUUUCUUUUGUUUCUUUUGAUUUUGGCUCAUUAGCUUUUCACUGAAAUACAAUCACUGACUUUAUUCAUCUAUAUUAUCUUGAAUCAUUUCCAUGAAAAUCCCAAUGAAAAUUCCAAACUCUCUUAAGUUGUAGCUAGUCUUUUAACAAAAAAUGAGCUGGGGUAGUGCUUCACCCUAGGGUGGUUUUAAAAGAGCUCUGAAGAUGGGGAACAGUUCCGUUGAUUUGGAGAUAUUCCAGAGUCACUUGAGACUAUUCCCACCCCUUUUGAUCCUCUGCAUUCAUUUUGUGUCCCUAAACAUCACAAUGUAAAUAUCAUCUUUGGGGUUCCAACCCACUAGAAGAAUCCCACACACAUGGUAAAAACUAUCCAUACAUUAGUUAGUUCCUUGUAAUUACCUGCUGGUAUCUAAUUCCAUGUAGCCUUUCAUCAGCUGAGUUAUUGGAUUCUUUUCACUGAGUUAUGACCAGAUAAAUAAUAGAUACAUGCCCAUAAAAGAUGCAAACUUGUAUGAUUUUUGAAAGCAAGUCAUGCAAGUGAUAGGAAUAGCAAAGGAUCCCCUCUACACUCUCACUGUCAAGGUUAGCUAUUAUCCCCAGUUGCAAAAGAGCCAGAUUUGAGCUCCACUCUGGUCAUCUUUGAGCUGAAGGCCCUUUGUGGUAUUAUAAGGGCUGUGGACGUUGUUUUCCAGUGGCUGAGGCCACGUUGUGAAGACGACAGCUGGGAGCAUCCAAGCAGCUGACCCCACACUUUUCAUGCCCCCAGUGUGGUUGAGCUGGACGUUGGCAGUCUCAGCCUCAACCCUAACACACACAGACACACACUGACCAAUGCAACCCAAAAGAAAUCUUUUCUGAACCUCUUAAGUGAGGAGCAUGAUCCUAUGAACGACUCCAGAUACCCAAAGUGGGUGUCACACAGAUGAAGCUGGUGGCUCUGCAGCGACUCAAGGUCUCUGUUUGUUUCCCACGGCUUACCAGGUGGAGUGCCUAACUAUGACUAUAUAAUGAAGCCCACUGGUCUGACUUGCAUGUUCAAUCUAGCCAUGAUCCUAGACCAUCAUGGAUUUAUGAGUAGAUUCUUCUUGAAAUUCAACCUCCAGGAACUAGACAGGGACAGUUUCCUGGGGAUAGAAGUAUAUUGCCUCAUGGAUGAAAGACUCGUAUCUCUAGUUUCAGUGAGUCGUUCUACCUACCUGACACAUAACAGGGAGACAGCAGAGCAGCCUGCCUGCUGCCUGACGUGUCACCUCUGGUGGCUGAGUGUAAAGUGUGUCCAGAUCAGCAGCACGAUGAUCAAACCUGACAGGCAAGCUCAGGAUCACCACCUGAUUAUUUAGCAGACCCAUUUGUAAAGCAGAAACCAAUUAAACAUGGAGGAUGAAUUGCCUUCCUCUCCCUGGAGAUGAGACAUCUUUCAGUUUCCUGAUUAAGGAUUGUUGCUGUUUUCUAGGCACUCUUUUCAUCACGUUGUAAAUGGUGAUGUGUGUCGUAGGUGUGCAGCAUUUUGAGGGACUGAAAUAAUAUUUUGUCAAGUAAAUCUCUUCAGUGUACCAGUUUGUGGGAGAGAUAUGAGACAUGUGGAUGGUGGUGAGAGAUCCUGCUUCAGACUGUGAUGGAGGCUUGAUGAGACACAUCUCACAGAAAGCACAUGGAGUUAGGGUCAUGGGCAAAGAAAUGGGCAGCUCCACCGAGCGAGCAAGUCACAAAAGGAUCUCAGCCCUGCAAACGGGACCCACAUAGGGCCACCACUAUGCCUUCACUUGUCACCCAAGCUCCAACCACAGAGAGUUUGACAAGUUUAUGUUAUGAUAUUGGCUUGGCUUUGUAUUUUAAUUAACCUUGGAUUUUUUAGUGGUUUUGUCAUAUUACUGCCUGAGUUCAGUAGGUAGGAUUAAUUUGAAAAGAGUAUACUAGUGUGUUCCUCGGGGUAGAAUUUAGCCGUGAGCAUGUUGUUAGCCAGCCUGUAGACUGUUAAUUACUUAAUAAUCUCAUUGGGAAAAUGCUAGUAGUUUUCUAUUUGGAUGACAGAAUUGGAAAAGCAGAUUAGCUGCUGCUAACUUUUCAAAGACUUGAGGUUGGGAUGCCUUUUUUCCAUGUAAUGACAUUAAAUGAUUCAAAUCUCUGGUCGAUAACCAAGUUGCUCAAUUCGAAACCAUUGGCUGAAAUGUGUUUUGUUGAGUUUCCAAAUAGAUGAAUUUUCCUUUGAACAGCACCUUACUAGGUGUGUUGGACUGGGUCUUCAUUGGGAAGAUACUUGUCCUCUCAAUAUCUUUCUCAAAGUUAUUUAAUUUGGAUUGUGUUUUAUUGAAAUUUGCAUCCCAGAGGUUGAAGUUGGAAAGCAUUUCUGAAGGCAGAAUCUAUAAGAUGUGGGGGUGGAGUCCUCACAUAUUUCUCAGUAGACAUGAUAAAAUUCACCUGCACGAGCUGGCAGGUGGGAGACACCAAACUGGAUCACUGGGUAGGACUACUCAGUAAGGCAAUGAACUGCUUGCUUAGAGAAGCAUCACCCUCCCCAUUGAGAAAAUGUGUAGCGAGACACUAGCGCUACACAGCAUUGAAUGGAUGGGUCGAUUCCAUGCCCCCAGAUUCAGUUCUGUGGGGAAAAAAUAUGGAGCCCGGUGUCGCUUGCUCUAUUGUGCGACUGGCAGACUAAAUUCUUCUUCGUCGUCGUUAUCGUUGUUGUUGUUGUUGCUGUUGUUGUUCUCAUUUCCACUCGCACAGCCUUAUUCUCAUAAUGAAACUCUGAUUCAUUUGCUCUUUGGUGUUCGCAAACUCCAACAACAGAACUGGCAUCUGUGUAUUGAUAAUCAGCAAUGACCCUGGCAGGAGGCUAAUCGGACAGGCUGGUCUCAGACAUCAAUCCUACCAUCUGAUAUUUUCGGGGAAAGAAAAAGUAUGAAUUCCUUUUCCGUUCUCCUCCUCACAAGCCUAGAAGCCCCCUUUCCCAAGAGCAUCAUGUUUCUGUCUGUAAUCCAUCAACUCAAAGAAAAUUGCAUUGUGGGGAGGGCUGAGGGGGUGGGGUGGGGGUUAGAGGGUAGGGAAGCCCUUCCAGACCAGGCUGCAGUUCUUGCCCCUUUCUGCUUCUGACCUGAGAUGGUAAUGACUCCAUGAGGCUCACCAUGGGUUUAGGGGACACAGAACUGCUGUUCCGAUCCAUGAUCAAUCAUCGUUCUAAGAGAUUGGAGCUUUGCUGUUUCAUUAACUGUGCAGUGUAGACUAAUGGUGUUUAAUAAAAAUCAUUCAAAAUUUCAAA